GUGCAUGCUUUUUUUUGGGGGUUUGUGUGUGUAAGUGUGUGCAUAUGCGUGUGCAGAUGCAAUCAGGGUUUAAGUCCUAUGGAACUUAAAUGUCGCCCCCCCCCACCACCCAGCCACCCUCUCUUUCUCCCUCAGAUAAUCUUCAGACCGUGACAUAAUCAGAGUCAUGGAUAUUACUGUGGAAGAUAUUACUGGACAACAUCUGUUGAAACCCCUGAAAGCUCCACAGUUCCGCCAAGCCUGUCUUUCUGUUAAUAAUGCCUGAUUUAUAAUAUGAUUCCUUUUUUUUAAAUAUAUAUAUUAUUUUGGCACUCCAAAGGACUACUCUUAGUUUAUUUAUAAUUGUUCUUGUGUUAACAUAAUGUCCUACAUAAUUUUUCAAUAUCCCCGCUCAGCUCCAAGACCUGUGCACAAAAUGUGCAUUGACAAUCACACACAAUAUGCAUACAUGGAAGUACAUGGCAGUUUUUUGCUGAUCAUUGAUUCACAAUCUCAAUAUUAUUACAUUACCUGUUUUGUAAAAAAAUAUAUUUAGGAUUAAUUGGGAGAUUAAGAUCUUCAUUUGAAUAUAUAAGGCUUAUGUGGUCUAUUUUUAUUUUCCGCUAAUUAAAAACGAAUAAUUACGAUUAAUAAUAACGUAAUACAUUUAUAAAUAAUUAAAUACGUUUAAUCAGUGCUGUAAAUCCAUUGUGAAGGCUUGGAUAUUUGAUUCCAUACAAUACUGAGUACCAGUUAACUUGUGCAUGUACCGUCUGCUCACAACACCACCUCGCCUCCUCUUUCUUGCCUCUCCUCUCCAGAUGGGAAAUGCCUCAGACGCAUCUGAUGUUUUCGCCUCCACCAUUUCUAGAGAACACGAUGUUAUCAUGGGAUCCCUUUACACAGUGUUCUGUGCAUUGUCUCUCGUGGGCAACGGUGUUCUUCUACUCGUCGCCUAUCGUAAAAGGCUUACCCUCAAGCCGGCUGAGUUUUUUAUCGUCAAUCUAUCAAUCAGUGACCUUGGGAUGACCCUCUCCUUGUUUCCUUUGGCCAUACCGUCAGCUUUCUCCCAUAGGUGGCUGUUUGGGGAAGUCACCUGUCAGGCGUACGCUCUCUGUGGCGUGUUGUUUGGUCUGUGCAGCCUCACCAACCUCACUGCCCUGUCCCUGGUGUGCUGUCUGAAAGUCUGCUUUCCUAACCACGGCAAUAAGUUCUCCUCCUCCCACGCCUGCGUCAUGGUGGGGGGGGUCUGGUCCUACGCGUCUGUGUUCGCGGUGGGGCCCCUGGCGCAGUGGGGCAACUACGCGGUCGAGCCCUACGGCACGGCGUGCUGCAUCGACUGGCGCUCGCCCAACCACAGCCUCUCCGCCCUGUCUUACAUCGUGUGCCUGUUCCUGUUCUGCUACGCCGUGCCCUGCGUGGUCAUCUUCCUCUCCUACGCCUUCAUCCUGCUGACGGUGCGCGGGUCACAGCAGGCCGUGCAGCAGCACGUGUCGCCACCGCAGUCACGAACCAGCAAUGCGCACGCGCUCAUCGUCAAGUUGUCCGUGGCGGUCUGCAUUGGCUUCCUGGGGGCCUGGACCCCCUACGCCGUGGUGUCCAUGCUGGCCGCGUUCGGCGACGCUGAUUCAAUUUCCCCCGUGGCGUUCGCCAUGGCGGCCAUACUGGCCAAGAUCUCCACUGUCUACAACCCCGUGGUCUACCUCCUGUGCAAACCCAACUUUCGUAAAUGUCUAUACAGCGACACGUCCUCGUUCCGGCAGAGGAUCUGCCGAGGCAGUCCCCAGCCGGACCAGGGGCAGCGCUUUGGGUCCCGCACGCAGUGCCAGGACCACAAGGACGCCAGCGUCUCCACGCGCUUCUCCAACGGACAGCCGGAGAGCUACGGCGCGUGUCUGGACUACUCGGGGGACGGAUCUCCAUGUGCCCGGGCCUCGCCCCUGCCGACCGCCAGCACACUGACCCACUCCUCCCCCGGGGAGGUGGCGGUGUGUCGACUCCCAGCUCGACUGCAGGCGCACUUCCUGUAGUGUGUCCCAGCAUCCUCUCUGUUGGAGGAUAAUAAGACCCUCUGCGCAAGAUUUACAGCUCACGCCUCAGUGGGCCUACACAGCCAAGAGAACUGUGAGUUGUGUGUUAUGUAUCCAUUGUGAUAUGUUAACACCUUGACAUAUCCAAACGACAGUAUUCUUGGGGACCACUCUGCCUACUCUUGGGGCCGGGGUACCUUUUGGACCUUUUCACAUUCCAUGGUUGUAGUCUUUCGAGGUACAAGCAUUUAUUGGAUGAUGAUCUCAUUGAGAUGAGUUGCAGGAGCAGGGCUGAUUAUUAAAAUAAAAAAUAAAAUGUAGGUUGUGCAAUGAUCAUAAAUCUUGUUAAAUCUAUCGAAUUAUCGUAUAGAUUAUACAGCAUCCUUUACUGUUGCAAUGAGAAAAAAUAACACGGAAAGUGAAAACAAUAAAUAGUGAAAAGAGAAAUAUUCACCCAACAUCAAUGCAAUGGGUUACCGGAGUAUAUUGUAAUGUUAGUAUUGUUACAGAAUGUCUUUGUCGAACCAAAAGAAAGUCAAUGUGUGUGUGUCAUCAAAGCUCUUUUUAUUAGUUUCAAUCUUAUGUCCCAUUCCAUAGUGUACAUGUAUGAUGCCUCAAAAACUAAUAAUAAAGAAGACAUGAGGACAUUUAAUCACCACCAUCGUUUUAAACAAUGGAAUUGUCAAUUUAAUCAGUGGAGUCCAUGCUCAUCAAUAAAGCAAUUUGUGAUACUAAGCUGAAUAAAGACGCUGUAU